CAGAGGGUGUUUUCCUUCUGCCGUGUCAGUUUUCAGCUCUCUGUCACAGUCCUUGUGUUUGCGCGUAAAAGCAGAACCGCUGGAGUCUCAAUGAAGAGCUACACACGGGGCAUAUGGUCUGAUUGAUCCAGAAUUCCCAACAUGGCUUCAGUGGGUCACAUGGAUCUGCACCAGGUAUUGAGAGGGAAGCCCUGCAUUUCUUCACAGAUUCAAGUUUCCAUUGUGAGGAUGCCUGCGCUUGGAGAGGAUACACCAGUAUAAAAAGCAGAAACGCUUCAUCAUUAAGCUGCAGAUAAUAAACCGCUGUUCCCCUGGGAUCAGUACAUGCUGAAUUGUUAUCAGGACGCGUUUGAAAGCCUUUUUGCUUCAGUGAACCUAAAUAGGACAACGUGCAAAUCAUGACUGAGUUAAAUAGUGUGGGGUUGAGAGGUGACGGGCUUUCUCUAGCUGGAUUUUAGACCUGCUGUUUUGUUGGGGGGGGGGGGGGGGUGUUUCACCAGAGGAGCUCCCUCAUUAGGAGCCAAAGAGGUCAGAGGUCAACUCACAUGGUCAAGUGGGUGGAAGACUUUAACGGUUUCUGCCAGAGUCACUAUCUGUGGGUGUUCAAGCUGAAUGAUUCUUGUUGAGAACAUAAAAGAAAAGUCAAAAAGUGGACACUUGUGUCCAACGCUGUGGAACGAGUCGCCAUGCUAGAAGUCGGGAUUUGGACCAUCAGACUAUCUGUUCAGCUGCUGCUUUGGUCACAACUCCUGGACAGUCAACAAACAGCAGAUCACAGGAAGGUGCCUCAGAGGACAGAGUCUCAACAGGAGUUCAGGGCAGAGUACGGGGAAAUUCAGGGAGCCUGGGGCACUUGGGGCGCCUGGUCAACCUGCUCCCGGACAUGUGGGAAAGGGGUACAAGAACAGACGAGGCCCUGUCUGCCUGUGUACACUCAAUACCCCUCCAGAGGAGCUGCCGUUCAGCCCCAGCAGCCAGGCCAUGUCAUUUCAGCUUUGAAGCCUGCUGCUGCUCCACGCCACAGUGGUGUCAGAGCCUUCAACAACAGCAGCAGCAGGGGACAGCUGAGGAGGGAGAAGCAGAGCAGGCCAGGAGAACGCAGGAAGGUCACCCACAUUGUCCCAGGGAGGUAUGGGUAUGGACGAGCACCUCAUGUGGCUCCACUGUUAGUGGAUUCAGGCAGAGGCUCAGCUUCCCCUCGCCUCCACAGACAAAAACGCUCCCCUGCUGCUAACUCCCUUCAGGCUUUUCCUAGAGGGCACACCGACCUCAGAUCACACAAACUGGAUGCCUCCAACAACCUCCAUCACUUUACCAGGCCAUAUGUGCAUCCCAGGACUCAACAUCCCAGGAAUAACCAAGUCUGGACUUCCCUUUACCAGCCUGCAUCCUCUAACCAGGCUGAGGUCCAGACUGGGAGUCACACCUCCAGCCACCAGCUGCACAAAGAGAGACCUUACAACCCACUGCCUUCAUCCUUCUGUACAGGGGAGCAUGCUCUCUACAGGAUCUGCAACAGUAAUGAUUGUCCUCCAUCCAGCAAAGACAUCAGAGCGGUUCAGUGUUCUUCCUACAACAACCAGCCUUUCAUGGGCAGACUCUAUAAAUGGGAACCUUUUAAUGAAGUUCCUGGGGGGCAGCAUUGUGAGCUAAACUGCCGGGCCACUGGGUUCAGAUUCUACGUGCGACAGUCAGACAGGGUGAUUGAUGGCACGCCGUGCGGACAAAAUGAAACAAAUCUGUGUGUGGCGGGACGGUGCGCGGUAAGCGAUCUUCAGCUUUGACCUGAUGAGCUGUUCCCUUGAAGCACAGAAAUGUUCUGUUUCUCGUGGAUCAUCGUUGCAGUGCAUGUACCUUAUAGUAGCCGUCUUUAUCCUGCCUGGUGUUUUCAUCCAGACUCUUUUAUGUUGUUGGUGCUUC